AUGUGGCGAUGCAGGCCAGGUGUUAGAAAAGCCGGGGAGAGAGCUGAAGUAACGGAGAACAAGGAAGGUUUGGAUAAUCUCUUGGGAAUUUCCUGGGUUGACAGCUCCUGGAUUCCCAUAUUAAACAAUGGGAGUGUGUUGGACUACUUCUCGGAGCGAAGUAACCCGUUCUAUGACCGAACAUGUAACAAUGAAGUCGUCAAAAUGCAGCGGAUGACCUUGGACCAUUUGAACCAGAUGGUUGGAGUGGAGUACAUCCUUCUUCAUGCUCAAGAGCCCAUUCUUUUCAUUAUCCGGAAGCAGCAAAGGCAAUCUCCAACACAAGCUAUUCCAUUGGCCGACUACUAUAUUAUUGCUGGAGUGAUUUAUCAGGCACCUGAUUUAGGGUCUGUCAUUAACUCCAGAGUUCUCACUGCAGUGCAUGGAAUUCAGUCUGCUUUUGAAGAAGCUAUGUCCUACUGUCGCUAUCACCCAUCCAAGGGCUACUGGUGGCAUUUCAAAGAUCAAGAAGAACGAGAGAAAGCUAAACCAAAAGCCAAGAAGAAAGAAGAACCAAGUUCUAUUUUCCAAAGGCAACGGGUAGAUGCUUUGCUUUUAGACCUAAGACAAAAGUUUCCACCCAGAUUUGUUCAGCAAAAGCCUGGAGAAAAGCCUAUCCCAGUGGAUCAAAUCAAGAAGGAACCGGAACCAGCCCCUGAAGCUGUCAAGCCAGAGGAAAAAGAGACUGUAAAGAAUGCUCAGCAGAGUGCUGGCGCUAAAGGACCACCUGAAAAACGGAUGAGACUCCAGUGAAGGGAGAAGUUGUUACACAUCUGGAUUAGGCAGUACCUGGAAAACAGGCGACUCUUGCUCCCCUUUCUUUAUAUUUAAGCUCUUCAACUGAGACUGAUGAUUCAGGGACUGAAGUCCCUGUAACAGCUUUUUCUGUAGAAACCUGUCACGCAAGUGUUAAUGUCAGGAUGCGAGCUGCCUUAAAGAAAGUGAUUUCAGUCUUCAUCUUAUUUUGAAUGUUGGCUUCUGAGAAUGGUUUUUACAUGGACAUAUUUUGCAGCCUCCUGAAAUCUUUACAGACUCUUGCAUCCCAUGUGUCUUGGUUUCCUAUGUAAAAAAAACUUUUAUAUAAAAAAAAAAAUCUGAAUUCUUGGCAAAUAAAACUCCUGGCUGCUGGAAUUCCUUUCUUAAAUGCUUACUUUGUUAGUAGCAAAUAUGCCAUAUGUGCUGGCAGCAUUUUUUUUUGCUUGGAUAUUGGAAUAUAUUGUGUGCUAUUUUGAGGAAGAAAAGUUCAACUAAAGGAUUUAGGCUGCCUGCUAUAAAUUGCUGUGCCUUUAGUAUGCUUGGGAUACAGAUAAAAGAUUUGAUAACUGGAGGCUGAAAUCCAUGUAAUUAGAUGUCACACUGCUCUCAGUGUCUAAAUGUUCCUAGGCACUCAUUUUACUUAAUGGCUAAGCUGGUUUUUAUCAUAAAAGCUAGUGUUCUGUG